AUGUCCCAGUCGAAUUUAACAACCAUCGAAACAACUAAUAGUGAAUUGCAGUUUUAUGAACAAUUAGAAAAACAUUUUAAUUUAUUAGAUCAAAAGAUUAGAGAUAACAGCGUAAUAAAACAAAAUAUUUAUAAUGAUAUUGUCAAAUGUGUAUUAUUAGCUAAGGGUAAACCAUCAGGUUUUUCACCAAAAUUCAUUUACUGGGUAAAGCGUCAUUUUAUUUUAACUAACAUUGCUGGUGUUGAUCUUGUUUAUUGCAUUAAAUCAAAAAAAAAACAUUUCUUCUUAAAUAAAAACUAUUAUAAUGUAAUAAGUGAAGUACAUCAAACGGUCUCUCAUGGAGGUCGUAAAACAACGAUCGAUGAACUUAAAAAUUAUUUUGAUUUCUUAAUGUGUUAUGGAAAAAAGGAUAAACAUUAA